GAAGCCUUGCUGAAACGUUUGGGUGAGGGUGCCCAUCCCUUUACAUUGACCCUGACCGCCCAGGCACCACCCAGCGUACAAUUAGUGCCGGCGAAACGUUACUAUGGAGCACCAAUUGGUACCAGUUAUGAUGUUCGCUGUUUUAUUGCCGAUAAAACUGAUGAAAAAUUCCAUCGUCGUGCUUCCGUUAAAAUGGGUGUUCGUGUCAUCUACCGCACUGAUGUUUUCAAUCAUGGCAUUCAUGGUCCGGAAAAUUUUGCAGCUCUCUUUAACAAUCCCGUUUCCUCGCCACCCGUUACAUUGGCCUGCACCCAGACCACAGCCGUUGCCUCGUCUUCAUCAAAUACCAGCACAUCGGCAGCAGCGUCAGCGACAUCUCAUCAUUCAAAUUCAGCGGAAGCAGUGACAGCACAUGGCCAUCAUGACUCGUCAACAUCAGCAUCCUCAGCAACAGUGGCACCCUCAUCCACCGCCUCGUGUGGCGGCAAAAGCCGCAAAUCUGAACGUGGAGAUUCAUUUCCCAAAUUACGUCUAUCACCGAAAUCCUUUCGUUUUAGCAGCCGUUUUGGUCGCAGCAAAAGCGAAGUGGAAAAGUGUCCCAGUGAUCCAUUUUACAAUUAUAGUAAAUCAUUUCAGGAGUAUGACAGUGUAGCCGGUGUUACCAGCUGCCCCAGCACCGGUGGGCCACAAGGUGCCGUGGACAAACCUUUCCUCCUGCAAGAUGGUCGUGUCGGAUUACGUGCCAGUUUGGAUAAGGCCUGGUAUACCCAUGGCGAAGAUGUCUGUGUGACCAUAAAUAUACGCAACGAUAGCAGGAAGACAGUACGCAAAGUUCGG